GCGGACGAGAGGAAUCUGAAGAAUGACGUCACUGAAUCCUAUUUUGACUCGCAGUCGACUCCGAGUGGGCUGAGGAUGUUGCUGGUGUUCCUUGCCGACAGCAGACACCUCCCGGAUGACGCCAAAGGGUACUACUUCCGGUGCAGCGAGGAACAGGCCAAACACUCGCCACAACUCGUGUUUGUCAAUUCGGUGUACUCUGUGUUCCUGAAGCACUGGAGCAAGAUCAAGCUGGGCAUGGCGAAGAUGCGGGUGAACAGAGAGACCCCCAAGUUGGACCACUUUUUGAGAGCCCCCCUGAGACACAUGGAGAGAGAGAUAGUGGGUCAGAAGACUGAAACCUUCUGCUACAGUCCAUUCCACUUCCAUUUCGAAGAUCCAAACAAGAACAUCCACGCCUUUCUCGCCUCUCGCAACUGGACCAAUGCGGAAUCAUACACUGCCCCGGAGCAGAGUAGGAAGAAGAGAGGGGAUCCGGAGACUCCGAAGAUCUACUCAAUGAGGAGUGCAUGUUCCAUCUUUUUCGAUGUUCCUCUGGGACUGAACCCGCAGUUGGAUGACUUCCACGGAAAACCUAUCGUCAAAAUGAACCUUCUACAUGGCCUUGUGUGUUCGACCAUCUGUGAGGUUCUUCUGGAAAUGAAGGGGGGUCCCAAACAGGUGCUAGUGGCAGACAGUGGCCACAAUGGGUUCCUCCCUGUCCUGCUCGCUUCUGUGGCCAGACUCAAACUCAUCUCCGAAGUGUCCAUAGUGGGGCUGAAUUGCAGCGACACAAAAGGUGCGGAUCGGCUGGCGAAGGAGUGGGGUGUGGACAACGUGAAGUUCCGACGUCACUCUCUGUUCCGACAGAGUGGGAAGAGUAGCGGGAAGUUGGCAGAGGCCAGACUGAUUGUGCUGAACGCCACCAGUUCAGAGUCUGGAAUAGCCAAUCCAGGGGCACACUUCCUGGACGAGGACUUCACAGAUGGCAAUGCGGUCUACAGGUGUCUGUACACUGCCCAGAUGAACGGGAUCUACCCGACUGAGAAUGCGGCCAAACUGCACAAGACAGCCAUCAUGCACAGUCUCACAUUCUUUCCUAAGACGGAUACGAUAGUUUAUUUCACCCAGUCGAUGCUGAGGGCUGAGAAUGAAGAGGUGGUCAGGAGUGCAAUCGAGGAGUUUGAUCAGAAGUACAAUAACAACAAGGACUUCAAACUAGAGGUGAAGAGUUAUGCUGACAAACUGCCAAGUAUGACCUUUGAGGGAGCAGGCGUGGAAGGUGAAGGUCAAGGUCAUCAGCAGUUCAUGAGAUUGAAGUCCCAGCAAGAGACAAAUGGAGGAGUCAUUGCAGUCAUCACAAGAGGGAAGAUUACGAAGUCAGCCUCUGAGAUUCUGGCACAGGCAUUGAAGACUGGUCUGCUGACGAAGAAGGACCUCGGUCAGAGCGACAACUCAGAGGACUCGGAGUCCAUGACAGGCAAAGACAUCACAUCACAGGACGCCAAGUCGGCUGGUUCGGCGAAGAAGAAUAAGAAGAAGAAUUAUAAGUCGCUCGGCGGCAGACAUGGGAGGGGAGGGAAGGCCAAGUCCAAACCAGACAAGUCCAAACAGGGAAAAAUGACACUGGAGGAACAGAUUGCAGCACUUCAAGCAGGAAAAUCGUUGAAAUCUCUACAGCCGCCAUCAGCAGGGCAGCCAAGUGGCACUGAUUCGAAUAGCGGAUUGAGGAUGAUAACGAUGAUGUCCAACUCUGGAAUAGAGUACAACUACCAGAUAGUGCCAGACAAUGCAUCCAGCACAGGAUCACACGGGGGAGGAGUGCUCACACUAUCCACUGUGUCAACUGCAGAAAAAGACAAUCAGAAUAGUCUGAAGGGAGAGAUGGCCGACAAUCAGUUCAAAGGCGAGCCCACUGAGAAAGCGUUGAUGCGUGCGACAGAGUCUUCACAGAACAUCCAGAUUGUCUCACCUGGUGAAGAGCCACGGAGAGUGCCGACGGAGUCCAGUGGGAGGAAACAAAGGACGCCGAGAAAACCAAAGUCGGCCAAGAGAACCAGGACUUCCGUCACCAGUCGCACAUACCCACCACUCAUGGCAAAAACUGAUAGCUCGAAGAAACAAAUAGCAGCACGAGGUGUGUCUGCCAAAAACAUCGAAGCGUCUGUUCAGAAGAGGCUGCUGGCCAGAAAAUCCUCCCAGCAGCCCCUAGUGUCAAUCAAAUCACCCACCCUGGACAGAGUUGUCAAAGAAGUUGGAUCAGCCAGGGAAAGGACAGCUGGUGGUUCUUUAUUCGGUCAACUGACUGAUUUGAAAGUUGCCAAAAAUCUUCAGAAAAAGAAAAAUUUGCUAGUCGCGCAGAGGCAAACUGCUUUUACACCUUACACAUCACAGAAUGCUGCAAUUGCAAACUGGACAUCCAACUCAUCGAACAAUUACAAUUCUUAUCCUCAACCGACAGUGAAGGAAAUAGAUCCCCCCAAGGUACCUGCAAGACCAGCCCCGUCGGCGAAAAGACGACAGACGUACCCGAUAAUCCGAGACAAAACUCCAGGCAACUCGGAUGUCAUAGCAAACGAAUCGACCAUUAGCAACAGUUUUCGAGUUCCGAAAUUAUCGAAUGACAUCGGUAAAGCUCUUGGAAAUAAAUCAGGAAAUGAUGAUACAAAAACAAAAAGCAACGCGCAGGACGAUUCAGAUGUUUACAAUAGUGUUGGACCUCAAGAUCGAAGAAAAUCAACGCCGAAUUUACAAUUCAAAGAACUCGGUGUUCUAACGCCUCGUUUUCAGAAUUUCGAAGAAGGCGACAAUUCAUUCCAUCUGAAUGUUGAAGAUUUGUUGCGCUAUGACAGCACUGAUCAAGAUGGAGACGUGAGUGGUCGGUGCCUGGAUUUCGAGGAUCCCAAAGGUACUCCUGGAAAGCUACAGACCACGCCGGUGGUCGAAGAAGUUAUCGGGUCAGAGAACUCGUCUAAUAAACCAACGGGAAGUAAAGAGUCGCAGAAAUCUGACGGCGCGAUGAGCUACACCAUCCGUGCACAAUCAUGUGCGAAAUCACACUCCCACGGAAGUUGUUCGCCACCCAAAUACGAACCCCAUAUUGAGGGAUCGAGUCGAGCUCCUUUCAUGAUGACUCCGAAGGGUUUUGGGAAAACGAAGAGCUAUGUCCCCCCAAAGAAUCUAGACUUGAAUGGACAAUUGCACUCAUUCGAACCUAAAAACACUCCCAGGACCCUGGAGAAGAUAAUGCAGAUGGCGAACCAACAAGCCAAGCUCAUAUCGAAUAGUUCUCAUAACAUCAACUCGUUUGACUCCCUGAAUGAGGGGAGCUUCAAGUUCAAACCGCCCCCCACUCGACUGAAGAGUGGAGAAAACCUUGUUUCCCAUACGCAGACCACCCCUCUCUCCUCCUCCAGUGGGAAAACAUCAUCAACCAUCAGCAGUGCCAACAUCAACGACAAAUGGGCUGUCGAAGCCAGAAAGACCCAACAAGCAAUAAAAGAAUACAUCCACAGCCCCAGGAAGUCUACGUCUUCGAACAAGAAACCAAUUGCAGAAAUGAAAGUCCGAAGCCUAACCCCCUAUUAGGAGAAAGAGGAGUUGAUCGACCGAAGACAUCUAACAAAACAGCUGGUGGUGCUGCCGGAGAAAAGAGCGCAGACUGCUGGUCCCAGAUGACCUACUCACCUCUGCCAUCCCAAACACCAGUUGCAGGCCAAAAGCUAGCAGACUACCUUGUGUUGAACAGAUGAAAACAAAAACAUUGAAGACAGAGAAGAGAAGAAAAGACCGCGGCUUGAAAACUAAACCGAAGAAGACUUAGAAUAU